AUGUCCACUGCAGCUGCACACCCUUCGGAGAACGGGGCCUCUCCGCAAGGUCCCGGUCUCAAUCCACCAACUUUUGCCUCAUUUUCUCCAGUUACUCUAGGUCGCCCGUCUUCCUCAGCGAGGCAGCGCUCCACCAUUCUUGUUCAUCAGAAGUCCCCACUGCUUGUUGCUACACCUCCACAGAUCACACGCGCGCUCGCGUAUUCUUAUCCCUUCCUUCUUCCGCUGAACAGGUUUGCCGGUCUCCUGUCAUGGACGACUGGUGACCCAUGGGAAAGUUUUCUUCUUCUGGCAGGGUUUUGGGCUGUCGUGCUCUAUGGAGAUCUGGUGAUCCAGUUCUCUGGGCCAAUUAUAAUAGUCCUUUCUCUGAUGCUGGGCAUGUACUCUCGCAGAUACUCGCCUCUGUCGUCGACUGGAUUGACUGGCGAAAAAGCAAAGAGGGGCCACAAAAGAGAUGAUUCUGAUGGCAAUACAAGACAUUAUAAGAGCUUGGAUGAGAUUGUUGAGACACUCAGGGUCUUUACAUCACGAUGCAAUGUCCUUCUCGAUCCAUUCAUCCAGCUCACCGAAUUCCUAUCCACCCAGAGAACUGCAACCUCGGCCACAACCCGUCCAGCGUUGACAACGUUGUUUCUUCGAAUCUUGCUUCUCACCCCCCUUUGGAUAGCUCUCACGCUUCCGCCGUUUUACAUCAUUACUACACGCCGUGUUGUCCUUACGACUGGUACGCUUACGUUGAGUUGGCAUUCUCGGCCUGCUAGAGCAGCCCGUGCAAUCAUCUGGCGCUCGUUGCUCAUUCGUCGACUCUGUUCAAUAAUUACCGGUCUAGACUUUACCGGAGCAACUAGAGGAAAUUCGUCCUUGAAGCACAACGGGGUUGCUCAUAAAGCACCUCCACGAGUCAAAACUGCAAACGAACUGAGUGCGCUAGCUGUCGCAAAGGGCAGCUCUGAUUCUUCUGGUGUGCAUUUCACUUUCAUUCUAUUCGAAAAUCAGCGCCGUUGGAUUGGUCUUGGUUGGACUUCGUCGCUCUUGACCUACGAACGGGCUCCAUGGACUGACGAGUAUCUCAAUCCAACUCCUCCUAAGGAGCAAUUUCAGCUGCCUGAAGUUGAGGGAGGACAUGCAAAAUGGCGGUGGGCCGAAGGGAGCGAGUGGCAAGUGGAAGGAGCUGGCGAUAGAAAGGAUGACGACAGCGAUGGCUGGAUCUAUUACGACAAUAAGUGGCACGAUGGACGCCGAGGCCAAGAUGGCUGGGGACGAUACACGAGACGCCGGAAAUGGUACCGCGAUGCAGAGCUGGUAGAGACGUCCCCUGGAGACAAUAGCAAUGAACCUGCUUCGAAGGUUCCGAGUCAAGCUUCCAAAGGAGCCGAAUCUGCGUCUGAAGAUGGAAAGGGAUCAAAUGAGAUACUGAUGGAUGCCAAUCCUGCUCAGAAAGGGGAUGAUGGUACGAUUGAGUCUCGGUCGCGCAAGAAAGGCUGGUUUCGGCGCAGCAGUAAGGGAAGCACAACCAGCGAUGGUAAGGCGGCAAGUGGAGCCAGCGUUGCCCUGAGUGAUACCAACGAAGACGACCAUCACGAUAUUCAUCAAGAGCCGACUCGUGAAGUCGACUGGGGAGUUGGCGACGAUGCGAGAAUGGGAUUGGGAUGA